CCGGGGCCGGGAGCGUUUCGGGACCGGCGGGGGCCGGGGCCGUGCCAGGCCAUGGCGAGCUCGGAGCGGAGCGCGCUGCUCACGUACCGCCUGUGCGGCGGCUCCGGCGAGGAGGAGCGGGGCCGGGAGCGCGGCCGGGCCACCGCUGCUGCCGCCGCCCCCCGCAAGCUGCCCACCUUCCUGGGCGUCGUGGUGCCCACGCUGCUCUCCAUGUUCAGCGUCGUCCUCUUCCUGCGCCUCGGGUUUGUGGUGGGCCAUGCCGGGUUGUACCAAGCUCUGGCCAUGUUCGCGGUGGCAUACUUCAUCAUCGGCAUGACGGUGCUGUCUGUGUGUGCCAUUGCCACCAAUGGGGCGCUGGAUGCCGGCGGAGCCUACUAUAUGAUCAGCCGUGCCCUGGGCCCGGAGUUUGGGGGCAGCAUCGGGAUCAUGUUUUUCCUGGCCAACGUGUGUGGCAGUGCCCUCUAUGUGCUGGGGCUGGUGGAGGCGGUGGUGGACAGCUUUGGGAUCCCCCCUGGGCAAAAAGCGGGCACAGGCAUCCACGUCCUGCCCCAGAGCUACUGGUACGAGCUGCUCUACGGUACCGUGCUGCUGGCCCUCUGCCUCCUCGUGUGCCUUGUGGGUGCCUCCAUCUACGCCAAGGCCACCUUCCUCAUCUUCCUCAUCGUCGCAGGCGUCCUGGGCACCAUCCUUGUCAGCUUCUUCGCCACGCGGCCCAUCGGGGUGCCCAUCCGCCUGCCCCACUUCAAUGGCUCCGAGACUGAGAAUGGCUCCUUCACGGGCUUCUCCCUCACCACCCUGCGAGAAAACCUGGGGGGUGGGUACGGGGUGGACUACACCACUGGGCAGAUGAUGAGCUUCAGCUCUGUCUUCGCAGUGAUGUUCAAUGGCUGCACCGGCAUCAUGGCAGGCUCCAACAUGUCAGGCGACCUGAAGCGCCCAAGCUACUCCAUCCCACGGGGCACCAUCUCUGCCGUGCUCUUCACCUACCUCGUCUACAACCUGCUGGCUUUCCUCAUGUGUGCCACCUGCAACAGGACUCUCCUGCAGAAAGACUACGGCUUCUUGCGUGACAUCAGUAUCUUCCCGCCUCUGGUCACCGUGGGCAUCUACGCUGCCACCCUCUCCGCAGCCAUGAGCAACCUCAUCGGGGCAUCCCGCAUCCUCUACGCUCUGGCCCGGGAUGAUCUCUUUGGCCGGGCGCUGGCGCUGGCCAAGAAGACAUCUGCCAGCGGGAACCCAGUGAUGGCGGUGAUCCUCUCCUGGCUGGUGGUGCAGCUGGUGCUUUUCUCUGGGAAGCUCAACACCAUCGCGGGGGUCGUGACCACCUUCUUCCUCCUGGUUUAUGCCACUGUCAACCUGGCCUGCCUGGCACUGGAGUGGGCAUCGGCCCCCAACUUCAGGCCCACCUUCCGGUACUUCACCUGGCACACGUGCCUGCUGGGCAUCGCGGGCUGCUGCGUCAUGAUGUUCCUCAUCAGCCCCGUGUCAGCCUCGGCAAGUCUGGGCUUCCUCCUCGUCCUCCUCCUUGCCCUCCACUACCUCUCGCCCAGCAGCACCUGGGGCUACAUCAGCCAGGCCCUCAUCUUCCACCAGGUGCGGAAGUACCUGCUGAUGCUGGAUGUGCGGAAAGACCACGUCAAGUUCUGGCGCCCACAGAUGCUGCUGAUGGUGCAGAACCCACGGGGCAGCGCCCGCCUCAUUGACUUUGUCAAUGACCUCAAGAAGAGCGGCCUCUACGUCCUGGGCCACGUCGAGCUGCAGGACUUGGACGCACUGCCCUCGGACCCGCUGCAGCCCCAGCAGGACUCAUGGCUGAGCUUGGUGGACAAGCUGAACGUCAAGGCCUUCAUCAGCCUCACCCUUGCGCCCUCAGUGCGGCACGGCGUCCGGCAGCUCCUCUUCACCUCUGGCCUUGGCGGGAUGCGCCCCAACACCCUGGUGCUGGGCUUCUAUGACGACGCGGCACCGCAGGACGGUCUAGCCCGGCACCCCGCCUUCACCAGCGCCCGCGAGGAGGUCCCCCUGGGCUUCCCCCCUCUGCGGGCGCCUGCCGACCCCAAGCUGCUGUCAGCCCGGGAGUACGUAGGCAUCGUGGCUGACGCCCUGAAGAUGCUUCGCAACGUCCUGCUGGCCCGGCAGCUGGAGAGCCUGGACAAGGCCUGGGAGCUGCGGCGGGCCGCCAGCCCCCCGCCCGCCAUCCACGUCUGGCCCGUCAACCUGCUGCGGCCGGACAGCGCCCGCUACGCCGACACCUGCAGCCUCUUCCUGCUGCAGAUGGCCUGCGUUCUCAACAUGGCGCGGGCCUGGCGCCGGGCCCGCCUGCGCCUCUUCCUCUGCGUGGAGGCGGGUGCCAUGCCCCAUGCCCAGGAGGAGAAGCUGCGCCAGCUCCUCAAAGACUUGCGCAUCCAGGCCCAGAUCCAGCUGGUGCCCUGGGACGCCGUCACCCGCCUGCACUGGCAAACCCGCCGGGGACCCCCGGGGGGGGCCGGCCCCGCCGGGGAGGAGGAAGAGGAGGAAGGGGCCGUGAACUUCCCAGCCAAUGCCACCCAAGUGUCAGAUGAGUACGUCUGUGCCGCCAACAAACUCGUCCUGGAGCAGAGCCCCGCGCCGGCCGUGCGCUUCCUCUACCUGCCGCGGCCGCCGGCUGACACCAGCCUCUACCCGCUCUACCUGCGCCAACUGGAGCUGCUCACCCGCGGGCUGGGCCCCACCGUGCUGGUGCACGGGGUGAGUGCCGUCACCAGCACCCAGCUCUAGGUCACCCCACCGGCUCCCCCCCCCCCCCCGGCUCCCUGCACCCUCCUUUGCCCAGUGCCUUUAGCAGCCCCAGCCUGGGGCUGUCCCCAGCCCCAGUGUCCCCACCCUGGUGCACGGGGAGGGGUUGGUGCCCCACGCUGGGAGGUGGGUGCAAGGGGAGGGGGGUUGUUUUUUGGGGGGGUAUCUCCUGCAGAGGAUUAAAGCUGCCCUGGCGGGAUCCAGGCACAGCCCUGGUGCCGGCCAGGCAGCGCAGUGCA